ACGAGCCCAGAGUGGGGUGGAGGGAAAUGCAGGUGGAUUGCAUUUGGAGGUCUGGGUUGAUGUUUGUCGCUCUGUCUCUUGCCAUUGCCAAGCACAAACCAUCUUCCUCCAUGAAAGGUUGUUACCCAAGGGGAACACUGUCCCAAGCUGUUGACACACUGUACGUCAAGGCAGCAUGGCUCAAAGCAACAAUUCCAGAAGACCACAUAAAAAAUAUACGAUUAUUAAAAAAGAAAACAAAAAAGCUAUUUAUGAAAAACUGCAGAUUCCAAGAACAGCUUCUGUCCUUCUUCAUGGAAGAUGUUUUUGGUCAACUCCAGUUACAAGUCUGCAGGGAAAUACGUUUUGUGGAAGAACUUCAUAGCCUUAGGCAGCAGUUGAGCCGCUGUGUAAGUAUGCACAGCAAACACGAGCUAGGAUGUCUUUUCCUCGUGGUCCAUAAAAGUGCUCAGGAUCUCGAGUUGCGGAUCACAGCACAGUGGCAUUUUAUGUGGAUGAAUGAAGAAAAUAUGGAAGUCCAAGGUUUAUAUGGAGCCCUAGAGCGAUUUGAAGAACCGAGAAUCUUGAAAUCAUUAUUAACCGGGAAUUACGCCAUAAACAUUAUCUGGGCUUGGGGAGCUAGGACCACGAAGCUUGCAAGGAGUGCUAGUUUUUUCCAGAGUCUUCAUCAGGGACUUCGCAAACUCGUCUCGGCCAGUACCCAGCCUUUGGCGGACGAGUUCAGCCUACGGUCUAGUAUUCCCCACCCCAUCCCAGUCCGUUCCUUCUGGGGCCAACCUCCUCCGGUCACGUGGAAGGCCUCGUGUGCGCGAUUGGUCGCCGGGGUACAGAAGCUGGGAGAUAGGUCUUCCGAGCUUCCGUGCUGCUGGUUGAAUUGCGGAUUUGUCUGCUUCCGUCAACUUUCGGCGACUUGGGUCAAAUAG